CGCCGCCGCCGCCAUGGGCUGCCUCGGAAACAGUAAGACCGAGGACCAGCGCAACGAGGAGAAGGCGCAGCGCGAGGCCAACAAAAAGAUCGAGAAACAGCUGCAGAAGGACAAGCAGGUCUACCGGGCCACGCACCGCCUGCUGCUGCUGGGUGCUGGAGAGUCUGGCAAAAGCACCAUUGUGAAGCAAAUGAGGAUUCUGCAUGUUAAUGGGUUUAAUGGAGAGGGCGGCGAAGAGGACCCGCAGGCUGCCAGGAGCAACAGCGAUGGUAGUGAGAAGGCAACCAAAGUGCAGGACAUCAAAAACAACCUGAAAGAGGCCAUCGAAACCAUCGUGGCCGCCAUGAGCAACCUGGUCCCCCCCGUGGAGCUGGCCAACCCUGAGAACCAGUUCAGAGUGGACUACAUUCUGAGCGUGAUGAACGUGCCCGACUUUGAUUUCCCUCCCGAGUUCUACGAGCACGCCAAGGCUCUGUGGGAGGACGAAGGAGUGCGUGCCUGCUAUGAGCGCUCCAACGAGUACCAGCUGAUUGACUGCGCCCAGUACUUCCUGGACAAGAUCGAUGUCAUCAAGCAGGCCGACUACGUGCCCAGUGACCAGGAUCUGCUUCGCUGCCGCGUCCUGACUUCUGGAAUCUUUGAGACCAAGUUCCAGGUGGACAAAGUCAACUUCCACAUGUUCGACGUGGGUGGCCAGCGUGACGAGCGCCGCAAAUGGAUCCAGUGCUUCAACGAUGUGACUGCCAUUAUCUUCGUGGUGGCCAGCAGCAGCUACAACAUGGUCAUUCGGGAGGACAAUCAGACCAACCGCCUGCAGGAGGCUCUGAACCUCUUCAAGAGCAUCUGGAACAACAGAUGGCUGCGCACCAUCUCCGUGAUCCUGUUCCUCAACAAGCAAGACCUGCUCGCUGAGAAAGUCCUCGCUGGAAAAUCGAAAAUUGAGGACUACUUUCCAGAAUUUGCUCGCUACACUACUCCCGAGGACGCUACUCCCGAGCCCGGAGAGGACCCACGCGUGACCCGGGCCAAGUACUUCAUCCGUGACGAAUUUCUGAGAAUCAGCACUGCCAGUGGAGACGGGCGUCACUACUGCUAUCCCCACUUCACUUGCGCCGUGGACACCGAGAACAUCCGCCGUGUGUUCAACGACUGCCGUGACAUCAUUCAGCGCAUGCACCUUCGUCAGUACGAGCUGCUCUAAGAAGGGAACACCCAAAUUUAAGUCAAGCCUUAAGCACAAUUAAGAGUGAAAUGUAAUUGUACACGCAGUUGAUCACCCACCAUAGGGCAUGAUUAACAACGCAGCCUUUCCUUUUCCCCCCAAGUGAUUUUGCGAAAUCCCCUCUUCCCUUCAGCUUGCUUAAAUAUUCCAAAUUUAGAAAGCUUAAGGCGGCCUACAGAGAAAAAAAAAAACAAAGGCCACAAAAGUUCCCUCUCUCUUUCAGUGAAUAAAAUAA